GCCGAGAGAUUCAGUUGCUUACGCACAGCAGUUCCUGGUGGCAGAAACUGGAUUAGUUUCGAUUCCCACACCCCAGUUGGUGACACCUUUCAUUAGGAGGUCAAAGUGGUUUGUGCCGAAUAUCUGCCCGGUUAAUUAGCGUCGCUGGCGUGAUAUUUGUCACAAACUAGUGUACCAUUAUCUCGAGGCGUGAUCGCUUCAGUGUCUUUAGAUCCAGCGUAGAGCGACAGCAAAAGAUGGCCAAUCCAACGAUACAAAUCAUGACCCAACAGGGACCGGCAUUCGACUCGAAUUGCAUGACGCUGACGCGCUUCGUGCUGCAGGAGCAGAAAAAGUACAAACAUGCCACCGGCGACCUAUCCCAGCUGCUCAACUGCAUCCAAACCGCCAUCAAGGCCAUCAGUUCUGCGGUGCGUAAGGCGGGAAUCGCAAAGCUCCAAGGAAUCUCAGGGGACACCAAUGUGCAGGGCGAGCAGGUGAAAAAGCUAGACGUGCUGUCGAACGAAAUUUUCAUCAACAUGCUAAAGUCCUCGUACGCCACCUGUCUGCUGGUGUCGGAGGAAAACGAUAACGUGAUCGAGAUCGAAUCGGAUAAACGAGGCAAGUACGUCGUAUCGUUCGAUCCGCUCGACGGUUCGUCCAACAUCGAUUGCCUCGUGUCGAUCGGUUCCAUCUUCGCCAUCACUAAGCAGUUGAAUGAAAGUGCCGAACCCUCGGUGGCCGAUGCACUGCAACCGGGAAACAAGAUCGUGGCUGCCGGUUACGCAUUGUACGGAUCGGCCACCAUGAUCGUGUUGAGCCUGGGCAACGGGGUGCACGGCUUUAUGUACGAUCCGUCGAUUGGUGAGUUUGUGCUGACCGACUACAAUAUGCGCAUUCCGGAACGGGGCAACAUCUAUUCGAUCAACGAGGGCUACGCGUCGACGUGGGACGAGUCGGUACGAAAGUACGUCCAGGAUAAGAAGGAUCCGGCAAAGGGCAAACCGUACGGAGCGCGAUACGUUGGCAGUAUGGUGGCGGACGUACACCGAACGAUCAAAUACGGUGGCAUCUUUAUCUACCCGGCAACGAGCGCGGCCAAGAACGGCAAGCUGCGGCUGCUGUACGAGUGCAAUCCGAUGGCGUACCUGAUGACGCAAGCCGGAGGCAAGGCGUACGCGGGCAAGGAUAAACUGAUACUGGACGUUAUGCCCACGUCGAUCCACCAGCGAUCGCCCAUCUAUCUCGGCUCGAAACUGGACGUCGAGGAAGCGCUCAGCUACAUCAAGUAGUUUCGGCCGAGGGUUGCCUGGUUACUCUGCUCGAUGGAUGCUUGAAGUGGAAUCUUUUUGUUUUGUAAUAAAAUGUGCUCAAUAAUA